AUGCAUGUUCCCUACACAACGUCUGUUCCUAAUAAUGCUUUAAAUACUUGGGCGAAUCAACAAAAUAGCUAUUCGCAAGAUACUAAUGAACAGUCUUCCUUCACCAGAGAAGAAAAAUGUGAUAAAAAUGGUAGAAGAUGCAGAAAAAGACGAGUCUCGGAUAGAGAGAAACAGAAGAAACCAACGGCUAGAACACUAGGAGAAUUAGUUGAAGAAGCUAAAGAGAAAGAGAAAAAAAAGUCCAGAAGUGGGAGUUUUGAAAAGGAGAGGAUGAAAGAUGAAACAGAGGACGAAUACACAUGUAGUGAUGAAAACGAUGGACCUGAGAACAUGAAGGAAGAUGAUUUAAAAUGCGAUGAAAUCAAUCAAGCGAGCAUGGCAGGAAAUAGUCAUCAACGGGAAGGGAAACCACAGUUUUUUGAUGGUAAUUAUCAUCAGUCUCCUAUAUGCUUAUCUAUAUUUGGAGAUGUACCUUUGCUGGGAGCGAACGAAUUGAAAGAUGAAAUUGUUCUGGACGAGUAUGAGUUUGAUCCUAACACUAUGAAAGUGAAAGAAUCUAGUCAAUGUAUGUAUGCUGCUGGAAGGAGAUAUAAUUCGUGUGAUGGUGAAGCCGUUCUGAACUUGUCCACUGAAAUGAGACUCAAUGAGUUCAACAACGAUGUUUUAGAAGUUCUCCAACGAGCCAAAGAUAGACAAGUUUUAGUUCCGAGAUCUCCCACACCUCCUCUACAUCAUAAAUGCAAAUGUGGUCACGAUGACAGCUCUUCUAGCUCUUCUUCGGAAGAUGAAAAGGAUGACAAUGAGAAACAAUCAGAUCGGCAAAAAAACAUAGAAAUUUUGAGAAAAGAAGUACAUAGGAAGCAAACUCAUCCCUCAGCGUUGAGUCCUGAUAUUAUUUUUAACGAGAAAGGAAUGUCAAACGAUGGUCCGGUUUGUAGGUGCUCUAUCAGAUCACGGAAAGAAGGGUUACGACACAGCAAGUAUGUUGGUGAAAAGUUCAUUCCAUUAUGCAAUCCAAAAUCAAGCAACUCGAAAAAACUUUAUCACUAUGUGCUUAAAGUAGGGGUUACUAUAAACUCAUACGGACUACCCAGGACGCAGAUUAUGUAUAAUAACGCGGUUUAUAAGUUCGAAGGAUAUUCGGUGUUUUUUCAUCGACCUUUGCCUGAAGUAUUUCCUGCAAUGCCUACAUCGCGUUGGACAACUGAUUUCGAUUUCGAGUUUGUGAAAGAGAGUAUUGCAAAUUGCUAUACAGUUGGAGAACUCGAAGCUUUUUAUUCAUAUCUGUACGAUGAAACUCUUGAUUUCUAUGAUGUGAGUAGAUACCCUGAUGAAGACCCAGAUCAUAAGGGUUGUCCUUAUUUCCAUAUUAUGCCUAGAUUUGUUUAUGAAAAAGACGGACGUGCAGAACUUCUUGCGAUGUGCAAAGUUAUAGAUUACUUAGUUAGGUCUUUCAAGCCAUUAGUAUCACGCUCUGACGAGGAGUACCUACUGCAGUGCACCGAAGAACAGUUCCGCAAAUACAUUGGACGAGAGAAAAAUCAAAUUAUUUUGUGCCCUCUAAAGAAACCAUCAGCUAUUCGAGUUGACUCGUUUGUCCGAGUACUGGAUACCAAAGAGAUUAAGAUCAUGCAGAACACUCUCAAACCAGUAGCUUAUAUUGCAGUGCAUAAUCCCGAACUUCAUAGGUUAUCUAAGCGCCUCAGCAAAAUGAGACACUUACAUGCUGUGAAAAAAAACACUUCCGAGCAAGUGAGAAUGGAAAUAGAAAAUUUACAAGUAAAAAUAGAUUCUUUAAAAAAUAAAAGUAAUAAUGUUAGAUGCGUGUCAGUUCUGCUACCGUCACACUUGUUUUAUAAAUGCGGUAUGUAUCCCGAUGUUGUUCCUCAUUCACUGGUACUUUUGUUGGCCUGCCAACAUGCUCGUUUGCACUGGUCAUUUGAUGUCUUAGAAGAAAAAAUUAACCACAAGUUUAAAAAUCGAUUACUGUUAGAACUAUCUCUUACCCACCCAUCCUUCAAGCAUAAUUACGGAGUCACGAUUGAUCAUGCCAAAAAUACGUUGCUCAAUUGUGGGUAUCGUAGAAAAUAUUCUACCCUAGAUGAAAAAAAAGAAAAAAAACGAGGUAUAUUCCGUUUGCUCGAAAUAAUGUCUUUGUCUGGGCAAAGUAAAUCUGCAAUAUCCCCUAUCACUCAUAACGAAAGGCUUGAGUAUUUGGGCGAUGCUGUAGUAGAAAUGGUCGUAUCUAUUCGGCUUUAUCUAUUAUUACCCCUACACAACGAAGGUGUGCUUGCUACAUAUCGUAGUGCUUUGGUUCAAAAUCGUAAUCUUGCAACACUAGCCCAGAACAUAGGUUUACAACAUUGGCUAUUAUUUGCUCACGGUCCUGAUCUCUGCCAUGAAUCUGAUUUCAGACAUGCUCUUGCAAACUCUUUCGAGGCCAUAAUGGCUGCGGUUUAUUUAGAUGCUGGUAUUGACAAAUGUGAUAGAUUGUUUUCAAAAGCAAUGUUUGGCAACAAUGAGAUUGAGUUGGACCGUUGGCUGAAUGUAUCUGAUGAAGAACUGCGGUGCGAUGAGUACAAAGAUGGUGACCGAGAACUCAUACCUAAGUUUGAGGUCCUUCAGUCUUUGACCAGUUUUGAAAAUUCGAUUGGUUUCCGGUUCAAACACAUAAGACUACUUGCUAAAGCGUUUACUAGAAGAAACAUUCCUUAUAAUUGCAUAUCCAAAGGUAAUAACCAAAGACUGGAGUGGUUAGGUGAUACUGUGCUUCAAUUGGUUGUAACUGACUACCUAUACAAGCAUUUUCCUCACCACCAUGAAGGCCACCUCUCACUUCUACGAACUUGCAUAGUAAGUAACAAAACUCAGUCUGUUAUAUGUGAUGAUUUGAAUAUGGGUGAAUACUUAGUGAAACCAAUAGCGAAUAGAGAUAAAGUUAAUCUUCGAGUGAAAGAUAAAGCUGAUCUUGUUGAAGCAUUCAUAGGCGCUUUGUAUCUCGAUGGUGGCUUGGGCGCUUGUAAAGCUUUCAUUAAAGUUUGCUUUUUACCUCGUUUGAAAUUGUUUAUCGAAGCAAAUAAGUGGAAUGAUCCUAAGUCACAACUGCAGCAACUCUGUCUGACGAUGAGAAAUCCUGAAUCGAAAGAGCCUGCUAUGCCCACAUAUAGGGUGAUCUCGGCGGAAGGUCCUUCUAACACUCGAAGGUAUAAAGUAGCAGUUUACUUUCGGGAGAGAAGAUUGGCUGUUGGAGAAGCUGGUAACAUGCAUUCAGCGGAAAUGGAUGCAGCAAAAAGAGCUAUCAUUGAAUGCAAAGAGUUGGCCAACAAUAAGUUUAGCUCUCACCAAAGAUUCGCUCAGCUCUCUAGGACAAAUAAUACUUACUGA